CAUGACUCGAGGGACAAAACAGUCACGCGCAGUAACACAGAUGCUGUGUAUAUUGUGGCACGCGUUACAUGUUCAGUAACCUGUGAGACGGGGAAGGGGGGUGAGCCCGCGGUCGUGUGUUACCGUGUUACACUCACUCGUGUCCCUUUAAGGGCGGACCGGAGCGGCUGCGCGCGACGGCGCGAGCGCGGCAGUCGCUGCUGUCCGUGGGAGCCGCGAGGAGCCGAGCUCGAGCCUCCGAAUCCAUGGCAACCGCAAUGGCAGAAGCGGAGACGCGUCAGAAGCUGCUGCGCACCGUGAAGAAGGAGGUGAAGCAGAUCAUGGAAGAGGCAGUGACCAGGAAGUUUGUGCAUGAAGACAGCAGCCAUAUAGUAUCCUUCUGUGCCGCAGUAGAGGCGUGCAUACUGCACGGGCUAAAGCGGCGGGCCGCAGGCUUCCUGCGCAGCAACAAGAUUGCAGCCCUUUUCACCAAGGUGGGCAAGAGCUUUGCCCCAGCAGAGGAGCUGUGCCGGAAGGCCCAAGAACUGGAGCAGAUUAUAGAGAACAAGCGGAACCAGGUACCACUGAAUCAUGAGAGCUCCAGGAAACUGCCAAAGGUGCCUAACAUCCCACCACAGGCCAUCAAGCACCUGUGGGUACGCACUGCUCUCAUGGAGAAGGUCCUGGACAAGAUCGUACUGUACCUGGUGGAGAACAGUAGCAAAUUCUAUGAAAAGGAGGCAGUUCUAAUGGAUCCAGUUGAUGGACCUAUCCUGGCAUCUUUGCUAGUUGGCCCCUGUGCACUGGAGUACACCAAGAUGAAGACAGCCGACCACUUCUGGACAGACCCCUCAGCUGAUGAGCUGGUCCAGAGACACCGCAUUCAUAGCAGUCACUGCCGGCAAGAUUCACCCACGAAACGCCCUGCCUUGUGUAUCCAGAAGAGGCACUCCAGCAGCAGCAUGGAUGAGCGGCCCUCUCCCUCGCCAUCUGCCCGAGACUAUGUAGAGUCGCUCCACCAGAACUCCAGGGCCACACUGCUGUUCGGCAAGAACAACGUCCUUGUGCAGCCGAGGGAUGAUAUGGAGGCUAUCCCAGGCUACUUGUCUCUCCAUCAAACGGCCGAUGUCAUGACCCUGAAGUGGACUCCUAAUCAGCUGAUGAAUGGCUCUGUGGGAGACCUGGACUAUGAGAGGAGUGUUUACUGGGACUACGCCAUGACCAUCCGCCUGGAGGAGAUUGUGUAUUUGCACUGCCACCAACAAGUGGACAGUGGGGGUACAGUGGUGCUGGUAAGCCAAGAUGGGAUCCAGCGACCCCCACUGCGUUUCCCCAAGGGUGGGCACCUGCUGCAGUUUCUUUCCUGCUUGGAGAAUGGACUUCUGCCUCAUGGACAGCUGGACCCACCCCUCUGGUCCCAGAGAGGAAAGGGAAAGGUUUUCCCAAAAUUGCGUAAAAGGUGUCUGCAGGGGUCCUCAGAGUCAACGUCGGACAAGGAGGAAGACGAGGCCACAGACUAUGUCUUUCGCAUCCUAUUCCCCGGAAGCCAGUCAGAGUUUGUGACUGUAACUCAGGCUCCCCGUUGCUCCCCUGUGUCCCCCUUGUCCCGCUCCCUCUCACUGAACAUAUGGAGAAGCUCUCCCUGGAGGUCCCGCACCCUGGUGGUCCCCAAAUGCUUCUGUAGCUGCCCAGGACCUCCUCCUGAUUCGACCGCACACAGCUUGACCCCGGAUCUGAUGGACCAGGGGGCAACAAUGUGGCACCCAACACCCAGGAAGUCCUCCUGCUCUUCUUGCUCACAGAGCGGUUCCUCAGAUGGGGGCCCCCCUAACGGCUGCAACCAGGAGAGAGCACCCCUGAAGCUGCUCUGCGACAACAUGAAGUACCAGAUCAUCUCCCGCGCCUUCUACGGCUGGCUGGCGUACUGCCGUCACCUGUCCACCGUGCGCACGCACCUGUCUGCCCUGGUAAACCACACCAUUGUGGAGCCCGAUGUGCCCUGUGAUGCCAGCAGCGGUCUCUCCCUGGACGUGUGGCAGCAGUUCCUGCAAGACUCCACCGCUUAUGAGGAGCAGGAACUGCUGCGCCUGGUCUAUUUUGGUGGGGUGGACCCCUCCCUGCGCAAGGAGGUCUGGCCCUUCCUGCUGGGUCACUACCAGUUUGGGAUGUCGGAGGCUGAGAGGAAAGAGGUGGACGACCAGGUGCGGGCCUGCUACGAGCAAACCAUGAGCGAAUGGCUGGGCUGCGAAGCUAUCGUGCGGCAGAGGGAGAAGGAGCAGCAUGCUGUGGCGCUGGCCAAGUGCUCCUCGGGGGCCAGUGUGGACAGCAGUGUGCAGCGCAUGAUGCACCGUGACUCCACCGUCAGCAACGAGUCCUCCCAGAGCUGCAGCUCAGACAGGCAAAGCCAUGCAAGACUGCAGAGUGACUCCAGCAGCAGCACACAGGUGUUUGAGUCCGUGGAAGAGGUAGAUCAGAUUGAGACGGAGCCCAAGGCUGACGAGACUAAACAAGUUCCCAAAAUCCCCAAUGGCACCCUCCCGAAUGGCACGAGCUCACCGGAUUCAGGACACCCUUCAUCCCGCAAUUUCUCGGUUACCUCUGGGCUCUCGGACCGCUCGCUGAGCACCGAGGACAGUGUGGCCCUGCAGCAGCCUGGCCCAGGCAAGCCAGAGCAGCCAGCAGAUGAUAAUCCCGCUGCUGGCACUGGUUCCAAACCUCAGGCUCAGCUGCUCACGCGCAAACAGGAAGCUAAAGCCAUCAAAGGCAAUGGAACUAAGGCUGUGAAAAAAGAGGAGGUCAAAGCUCCAGAAACAGAUUCUAAGGAUACAGAAACGGAGGUCAAAGCUCCGGAAAGACAGGAUGGUGCAGGUCCAGAUACAGCAGAUGCCGCAGUCUCAGAAACAGCGGAGUCAAAAAGUUCUAAAACAGAGGAGACCGGAGCUCCAGAGACACAAAUGGCCAAGGAAACUGUAUAUUCAGAACCGAAGGAACCAGACAAAGCUUCCCAAGUUCAAGAAGACGAAGAAGAAAACAAAGCUGCAGAAUUGAAGGAACUUAAGGCCGUAGAAGAAACCAAAGCUCAAGGCAUUAAAGAGGUCGAUAAAAAAGAGAAAGGCAGUGUUUCAGAAAUGAAGGAAAAUGAAAUGAAGUUUCUGGAAAUUAACAUUACUCAAGGUUUUGGAACAGGAGCAACCAGGGGCCUAAGUACCACUGAAACUUGUACUGUUCUAGCAGCCGAGGAGGCCCUCCUUGCCACAGACUCAGAUGAGUCUCCUUCUGCCAUCGAAAUGGAGGAGAUACCUGUUGCCAAAGUGUCUAUGAGCCCCUGGGACAAGAAGGCUCCGUCGGAGAGUACGGGAGACUCGCUCUCAGCCUUGGCGGAUAGCGUGGGGGCCAGUCCGGUCCUGGAGGAGGUAGCCGUGGGGCCAGCAGGGUUACCUGUGCUGGAGCUGCGACUCGAAGAAGAAGGAGGGAAGCCCAACUCAGAAGGUAGUGGGUCAGCGCACUCUGAAGAGCCUGAGAUGGAGAGUCUCUUUCCCCAGUUUGACUCACUGGCCGUGGGUGGGGAGGCGAAGAAUGAAGCCGCAUCUCCGGUGUCCUCCAUCGGCACCACCUAUUCUCAAGAGCUACUGGACAUGUACACAAUCAAUCUUCAUCGUAUUGAGAAGGACGUCCAACGCUGCGACAGGAACUACUGGUAUUUCACCCCUGCUAACCUGGAGAAACUGCGCAACAUCAUGUGCAGUUAUGUGUGGCAACACCUUGAGAUUGGUUACGUACAGGGCAUGUGCGACUUACUGGCGCCUCUGCUGGUCAUCCUGGAUGAUGAGGCCAUGGCGUUCAGCUGCUUCACAGAACUCAUGAAAAGGAUGAAUCAGAACUUCCCCCAUGGGGGGGCAAUGGACACCCACUUUGCCAACAUGCGUUCCCUCAUCCAGAUCCUGGAUUCUGAGCUGUUUGAGCUCAUGCACCAGAACGGAGACUACACCCAUUUCUACUUCUGUUACCGCUGGUUCCUGCUGGAUUUCAAGCGAGAGCUGGUGUAUGACGAUGUGUUCUCUGUAUGGGAGACUAUCUGGGCGGCGCGGUUUGUCUCCUCCAGCCACUUUGUGCUCUUCAUCGCCCUGGCGCUCGUGGAACUCUACAGAGACAUCAUACUGGAGAACAAUAUGGACUUCACAGACAUUAUCAAAUUCUUCAACGAAAUGGCAGAACACCACAAUGUCCAGCAGGUGUUGACACUGGCCAGAGACCUCGUGUGCAAAGUUCAGAGACUCAUCGAGAACAAGUGACCGUGAGGAAGCCGCCUUCUCUUGUGAUCACUUUCCCUCCCAGGCUUCUUGGUGUUCUGCUUGUCCCAGCCAUCUCAUACAAGGAGUUCCGACACCCUGUAUACCAGUCUAGUUCUAAUUGCCACCCCGCUCUGCCCUACACCUGCCACCCUACACGUGCACUGCUGUAUUGACAAAGAAACUGUAUGAAGCUGUGUUCUCCUUCUGGAACAAAGCACAUAGGCAAAUGGAACUGUUUGGUAUUUGGUGUUUUUUUUUUUUUUCCCUGUUCAACAUCAGGAACUAUUUACAGUAAAACCUCUGAACAUUUUUCUUUAGUGAAACUACCAGUUUUGAUGUCAAACAUUCAGUCAUUAACGUAAACACGGUGCGUAGGAUCCAUGUGACCAUGUGCCAAGGUAUCAAGGUGUAAGCAGCGUGAGCACUGUGGUAACUCCUCCCGGAAUUCAUAUUCCAUUGCUGCAGACCCCACUGAGGUAGCUGUCUGCUUUUUACCAUACUACAUGUUACUGUGCUUAGUAAGUUAAAAUGGUAUUUUCGUAAUGAAUCAUCCAGGCUCAGUCGUGCUCUGCUGGGUGUUCUCUUUUUGCGUCUAUAUACGCUUCGCAGAGCACAGUGUGCUGUGUGCAGUGUUGUGUACAGGUAGUCGGGACAGGACACAGCAAGGGAGAACGUGUUGGGACCACAAGAGAGGAACAGCCUCAUGCCGCGACUGAUUUACCGAGCUCUGCCAGUAUGAUAUUCUACAUGCGAUAAAGUUUCACGCCAAAAUGUACUAGGUUUUACUGUCUUUUUCCAUAAUGUUGGGCACUUGAGUCAUAAUUUCACAAAGUAAAACAAAUUUGCCAUAAUGCCGCACUGUCUGUAUUCUACCUGUGAAGAGAUUUCCCUAAAAGACCUCAUCAUUUAUAUUUGUUUGCCUUAAUACAUACUUCUGUGAACAGUGGAUUUUCAUACCUCUGGUUAUGGUCAGUCCUCUGUGCUUUUGCAGAUCAUUUUUUUUUAAAAAAUGAGAUAAGUAUUUGUCUGUGGGUCAUUACUUUUUAACUGAGAAAAUUGAAGAAAUGGACAACAAACCAGUGUCUUCGGUAUGCUGCGUUUGUGGAACAAAACUAAUCAGAACAGAAGGUGCAUACUGUGAUGAUUUGUGCUUUUGCCAAAUGAGUUUUAAAAUAUAAUAGUACAUACCUCUUGUUUUCAGGGGAACAUGUCUGAGUGAGGAACUUCAGACCAACUAGUAGCUCUUUUGUGACACUCUAUAAGUGUUUCUUACUCUAGAAGACAAAAGUAGCCAGUUUUGUUGUAAUGCCUAAAAAUGAAUCACCUUGACUCAUAAUCUAUUAGUAAGGCUUUGAUAAUUGGGCAUGAUCCAUUGUGAAAUAUGGUACACUGUCUACUAGCAUCAGUUUUACGCUCCGUGUUUGGUACACUGUCCAAAAUGAUUGUAUUCACCAUUAGAUUAGCUAUUAGUUUGUCAGCCUGUGUGUAUGGAAGUGUGGGACAUACUGCAUUCUGGGAUGAAACACAAGCACAGGGACCUGCGGAACGCCGAAGCAAGUCAUGUAGUGUUAUUGCGAAUGUUUUCGAUGAAAUGUUACUUUUCCCCUCAUCUGACAUUUGUGUCUAAGAUAAAUCUAUAUAUUGCUGUCUGUGUACUGUAGUGUAACAAGGGGAAAUUAACAGAUGUAAAAGCGGUAUUAUAUAUAAUAUAUAUUAUAUAUAUACUUCAAAAGUGUCUGU